GCGGGCCCGGGUGGGGGCGUCGGGAGCGCGCGGCGAAGUUGUGUCCGGGACUCGCUGCCGCGGACUCGGAGCGGGGCUGCGGGACUCGCCGCAGUAAACUGUUUUCCCUACUGGUUCGGGUACAGGCCAACAAUCCUGCACCAGUAACUCCACUGCAGAUAUUUAGAAUUCUAGGGCAAAGAUUGGCAUGUUACCAUGGAAGGACAGCAUAACCAUCCACAUCAUCUAGGGGACCAGAACAACCCUCUCUGCAAAGUGCCAGGGCAGGAAUAUCAGCAUGAUCCUCAACAGAGGCAUUUGACGUCAUAUCCAUAUCGCUGCACCUUGGCAGAUUUUCAGAUAGAGAAAAAGAUUGGCCGUGGGCAAUUCAGUGAAGUCUACAAAGCAACUUGCCUUCUGGACAGAAAAACCGUGGCGUUAAAGAAAGUUCAGAUAUUUGAAAUGAUGGAUGCCAAGGCCAGACAGGAUUGCAUUAAAGAAAUUGACCUUUUGAAGCAACUGAACCACCCCAAUAUAAUUAAGUAUUUGGAUUCUUUUAUUGAAGACAAUGAACUGAACAUUGUCCUGGAACUGGCAGAUGCAGGUGAUCUCUCUCAGAUGAUUAAGUAUUUUAAAAAGCAGAAACGGUUAAUCCCGGAAAGGACGGUGUGGAAAUAUUUUGUGCAGUUAUGCAGUGCAGUCGAACACAUGCACUCCCGCAGGGUGAUGCACAGAGACAUAAAACCAGCCAACGUGUUUAUAACAGCCACAGGAGUGGUGAAGCUGGGAGAUCUUGGAUUAGGCCGCUUUUUUAGUUCUAAAACCACUGCAGCACAUUCCUUAGUGGGAACUCCAUACUAUAUGUCCCCAGAAAGAAUACAUGAAAAUGGCUAUAACUUUAAAUCUGAUAUCUGGUCUUUGGGCUGUUUAUUGUAUGAGAUGGCAGCUCUUCAGAGUCCUUUCUAUGGAGAUAAAAUGAAUCUGUUUUCUCUUUGCCAAAAGAUAGAACAAUGUGACUACCCCCCUCUUCCAGCUGAACAUUAUUCGGAAAAGCUACGGGAACUGGUCAGCAUGUGCAUAUACCCUGAUCCAGAUCAGAGACCUGACAUUGGUUAUGUGCACCAAAUAGCAAAACAGAUGCAUGUUUGGACCUCCAGCACUUGAAUCAUCUGCAAACACUCUCUAAGAAAAGCCAUCACAGCUUAGUCUUACUUGAAUUUUUAUUUCUCAGAUGAAACCGACCGGUGCCUAGUCAAACUCAAGUGAGAGAGUUGAGCACUCGUAGCAAGAUGCUCCAUUAUAUCUGCAGGUUAUUUGACAAGGACUCUUACCAGGUGGUCAUGCUUUAAAGUGAAGAUUCUAUGAGGUAUUGCAAGCAUUUUUUUUUUAAAAGCCAAUAACAUGUUACAGAUGUAGAUCAUUUAAGGGUCCUUUCUUAAAACUGUUGUGUGUAAUCUAGAAUAGAUUAUAUUAACAGGGGUGUCUCAUUGAGCCUUUGACACACCCCUUUAUCUUAACUGUAAUGUGAAAUAUUGAAAUAAUUCCUUCAGUGAAAUCACUUUAUACUAAUGUAAGAAUUGCAGUAGAUUUUGUGUAAUUUGUAUAACUGCUACUUUGCCUCUUCUGCACAUGGUUAAUAGCAAUUUCAGUUUUUAGUUCAUAUAUUUUUAAAGCAUUCAGCUAUGUGUUUUAUCCCCUCCUUUGCAAAAACAGGAAGGGGGGACAUUUGUUUGAAGAUUUUUUUUAUCUGAAAAUGUAGAGUGAAUAUUUUGUUGAUGCAUUUAUCUGUUAACUUGGUUAUAGACAAUGAGGUGAGUCUAGCAUAUACCUGAAAAGCAUUGCUUCUACAAGCAAUGUAUCUUUAUAAAUGUAUUUUCCCCUUUGGCAUUAAUCUUGUUAGGCUAAAAGUCUAUUAUAAAACCAGUGUUACUCUAAGCCAAUUCUAUUUUGGGGACGAUACUUUAUCAAAUCCGAUGGUACUUUAGCCAUUCAUAAAUAAAAUGUAAGGAAAGCAGUGUUUUAAAAACUUUUUCAAACAUAGUAACGAUGUUAUUUACAUUUAGCAUGAAAUAAGACCAGUGCUUUGUGUAAUUUUAAAUAAGGUUCAGCCCAUACCUAUUUAACUGUGAAAGCUAAUUUAUAAAAUGUGAAUUUUUAUAAGAAACUCAAGCUGAUUUGAAGGAGAUCUCUUGUUUAAAAGACUAAUUUUUUUUAAAGACCUAAAAUUUUUCAGUCAACUAAAUUCAUUCAUUGAAUCAAUGAUUUGUUUCAUUAGUGACAAUGAAAAGUAUUCACUGCUUUAGAAACCAAAUGUGCGGAUUCACGUUCAAGUGUUUCCAUUUCACCUAACUGUUCAGGGGAACUGCUGCACUUAACAGUCUCAAAGGACAACGCCAGGGGAACUAAACUUGUACUGUCAUAGUGUUUCUUCUGUGUGAGGUAGAGUCCAUUACUAUAAUGUAUGUUUGUGGGUGGCAGUUGUUCGUGUUUAAAUACAGCCUGUGACAGCUUACUCUUUAAAAAAAAAUUUUUUUAAAGGCCUUAGUCUCUUGGAAAUAAAAUUAGGGUAAGAGGGUUAAAUACAUGUAUAUGCUUUGAAUGGAUUUUUUAAACCUAAUUCUCACUACUUAAAGGAAAACUGCAGUGCCCAGUUAAACUAGUCAAAAUAUUCAGCUAAGAGGUUAAACCUCAAGAUAUUCAUUGUUGUGAAUGAUGCUGGUAUCACUUUUAUGUAAGAUGGCAUCUUGCAUCUACUUCCUGUUAGGAAGUCCAGGAUAUUCAACUCAGCAUGAGAAUGUAGGAGAGAGGCCAGAAUGCUUCCUCCAUUCCCAAUGCUAACAUGUUCAGAAAUGAUCAAGAAGCCAGAUUUAUUAUAUUUAAAUAUAAUAAAGAUUAUCACCUUUGUACUGCAGGUUUCCUUUAAACUAUAGUGGCAACUACACAUUCAUAGACAUAGUUGUGCAAUGCCUCUGUUGGUGUAAUGUAGAAUAAAAGUUCUUUGGCUGUCAAGAAGGCUCAAAUUACUUGAGUGUUUUGAUAAGUCUGGUCACUUCCUUGCUACAUAAGAUCUAUUAGUGCUUAUAAGUAAAUGUAUUUUAAAAGGUAAAUUUUUGCAACUGUGCAUUUUUAGAUAAAUAAAACCAUGAUUUACAAAAUAAACAACUUCCUUUGUAAAAAACUAUCUAUAUUUGAGUUCAGUGUUAAGGAAUACAGUGUUUUGUUGCAAAAUGACUUAAGUCUACAAUUGUUCUUGUAAAGUGUUUUUAUCCCCCAAUAUCUGUUUGAUGCACAGUGUGAAACUGUCAACUUGUAAGGAAAUGGACUAAAUCUCAAAGUUACAUCA